AAGAGAUUCAAGUCGAUGCACUCACUCACUGAUGAGUCAGUGCUCCAUGCACACACACAUGUGCCGCACCACAGAAGCACGAAAAAUCAUCAUACUCACGGGGGCCCGAAGACAGCAGAGGAAAGCGCUAGCAGCACCACACACACGCACACACAUACACAUACGCACAGUCAGAGUCAGAGUCAGAGCCGGGGUGCGCGCCAGGCGCCAGUGCUCCCGCACUCACACCGACAGGCACUCCCCACACGGACACGAACGAUCGCGCCACUGUGCACACCAUGUCAGCCAAAAUGCAGACUGACGUACUCACCGACAGAGAGAGAGAGAGAGAGACGGACAUGAGGAGAGACGAAGCGGAGAAAGACAACAAUGGUCGGAAAAAGAUCACCAGGACACACAGACACACACACACAUGGACGCACGGACAACCCCAAGCACAACCACACAACGUCGUGUACGGGUCACGUCACCUACCACAAACUCACAUUCACGUAGACACGGCAACCUCAGUCAGUGAGUGACAAAUGAAGCGACAAUGAGUCGCGAUAAAAAGACGGCGAGUCUCACAUACAUCACAUCUGUGCGCCGGUUCCCAUCUGUUCGUCAACACAUAUGAGACGACAUGGUCUCCUUGCGGGUACGCAAAGAGGCCAUCACGUCGCAUGGCGUCGACGAAGAGAAUGGGGAAGCAACACGACACACACGCCACAAGCAGCAGGCAGAGCAUUUCUGAGCCAGCUCAGCUCAGAAGGAAAAAGACAGUCAGACGUCGCACACGGGCUUCAAAAUCCCCCCACCUCCUUACAAGCGACAGACACACCACCACCACCACCACCCAAUAUAUCAUUUAAAGGUUGGCCGACACGAAUCGACCUGGACAGUCGACUGUCGACCCACUACUACCCCUCUGCAGCCCCGCGGUAGUAGACAUGGCCUCCACCCCUCGCGCACGCGACACGUGGUACUCGUCGCCGCGAUAGUCGGCAAUCCGGGGGUUCAGCCGCAGCCUGGCCGCAUGCGGCCGCCAGCCCGUCCUCGGAGAGAUGAACUGCGCAAACGUGUGCUGCCGACGCAGGGGGGCCGAGGGGAUGGGGGUCGUCUCCGUUUGGUUGCGGAGGGGGGAGAUGGCCUCUGGGGGAGGGGGGCAGGGGGCCGACCGAACCACAGAGCUCGGGGACAGCGGAUCUCCUCGCGUGGAUGAUGAGCUUGGGCGCUGGUCCUCUUCUUCACCUUGCUCGAAAAUAAUGCUGGUGGUGGGCUCGGGGUGGUGCUCAGCCAGGGUGGGUAGGUGUGACCGUCGCCUGAAUGGGUUGCGGUUGAACGGGUUGCGGAAUGCCGACAGCCACGGGAUGCCGCGUCUGCCUCGGUUGGGGCUUCUGGUCCCCUCCACGGGGAUCGGCGUGGCUGCGGAAAGGGUGGGCAGGGGGGCUGCGUCGGGAGUGGCCCUUUCAGACACACUCUCGCCCUCCGUCCUGUCAGGCAGUUGCCUGCCUGGCAACUCAUUGCCCGACGGCGGCAGUGGCGACAGCUCCUCUCCGACGGCUUCGUCCUGGUCGUCGUCGCUGGGCCGCGAGAGGGUCUCGGGGAUGGACGGCAUGGACUGCAUAGGCCCCAGGAAGGAGGGAAUCGGCGCGUAGUCGGAGGGAGACGAGCGGGACGGGUGGCUGGCCACAGAGCUCAUGUUGGAGGGGGUGAGGAAGCUCCCUGGCGUCAGCCGGUCAGACCCGUCAGCCACUGACAGAUGAGGGCUCGCGGGGCGGCCAUAGCCGCGAUAGGUGUUGUGGGCGUCGGCCAGGGGCGUCAGCAAGUGGGAAGAGUUGCCCGGCGAGCCCCGUCUAGAGGGGAAGGCGCCUGCCUGGCUGUCGCCCGCUUCGCUCGCCACAUCGGUGUUGAGAAUGGGGAAGUAGGGGAUGGGGGCAUAGUCUCGCUCUGAUGAGUGGGUCCGUGCGACCCAGGGGCUGGAGGUGCCGGGUGUGCGCCAUGAGAGUGCGGCGACACUGCCGCCGCUGCCGCUGGGCGUGUGGUGCCGCCUGGCGGCGGUGACGUUGCGGAUGCGGUUGGUGCGGGUCUCCAUGUCGGUGGUGGGCAGCGUGUUGGGCUUGCUGCUGUGCGAACUGACACACACGGACAAUACAGGACAGGACAGGCAACGCGAGUGAGUCAGUGGAAGAACAACAACAGUCGAUGCAUUCAUUUCUCUCUCUCUGUUAUCCACCUGUAAGUGUCUGGAAUGUUGUCCAUCCAGAGGCAUGGGUCACUGCCGUUGCCGUUCCAGCUCCACGACGCAGGCUGCCGGCCGUGCCGACCCAGGGGGUCUUCAGAGGCGCUCGAACCGAUCCAGGGAGGCAUCGUCUGUGCGGACGCCAU